AGCUGUGCAGGCCCAAGAUCUUGGCCCAGCGCUCGCCGUGACCUUGAGCUUACAGAAUGACGAAGGCCCCUGCAGGUUUGUGCCUGGCCCUCCUCUCAGCGUGCGCCCUCGCGGUGGAGGAGAACGGCUGCGAUGCUGACGCGCAUGGUCAGUGCUCCGACGAGUUUGCUGCUCUCCAGUCGCGCGCUCGUGCGAGGCAGAGCGCAUUCAUGCAGGAGCCCACCGACGUUCCGGCGUGCAGGGCGCUGACUGCGGGCGACCAGUGCCCCAGCUCCGUGGAGGGUAUCAACACGGCCCUGACGUGCCAGUACAACGCGGCGUGCACUGUGCCUGGUGGACCCGUGGGCUGCUUCGGCGCCACCGGUUGCCAGUACUACGACGUCGACCCUUGCAAGGCCCUGGGUUCGUAUCCUGCCGCGUGCCCCGCCGCCGUGGAGGGCAUCAACACAGCGCUGCACUGCGUCUACAACGAGAAGUGCAUCUCGCCUGGCGGCCCUGUGGGCUGUUGGGGUAGUACUGGUUGCCAGUACUACACGCCGCCGACCCCUGCGCUGAUGCAGGACAGGAUAGGAAAAGGCCGCGCCCAGACGAACUCCAAGUUAGGAAAAGGCCGUGCCGAAACAGCGCUGAUGCAGGAGCCCACCGACGUUCCGGCGUGCAGGGCGCUGACUGCGGGCGACCAGUGCCCCAGCUCCGUGGAGGGUAUCAACACGGCCCUGACGUGCCAGUACAACGCGGCGUGCACUGUGCCUGGUGGACCCGUGGGCUGCUUCGGCGCCACCGGUUGCCAGUACUACGACGUCGACCCUUGCAAGGCCCUGGGUUCGUAUCCUGCCGCGUGCCCCGCCGCCGUGGAGGGCAUCAACACAGCGCUGCACUGCGUCUACAACGAGUAGUGCAUCUCGCCUGGCGGCCCUGUGGGCUGUUGGGGUAGUACUGGUUGCCAGUACUACACGCCGCCGACCCCUGCGCUGAUGCAGGAGCCCACCGACGUUCCGGCGUGCAGGGCGCUGACUGCGGGCGACCAGUGCCCCAGCUCCGUGGAGGGUAUCAACACGGCCCUGACGUGCCAGUACAACGCGGCGUGCACUGUGCCUGGUGGACCCGUGGGCUGCUUCGGCGCCACCGGUUGUCAGUACUACGACGUCGACCCUUGCAAGGCCCUGGGUUCGUAUCCUGCCGCGUGCCCCGCCGCCGUGGAGGGCAUCAACACAGCGCUGCACUGCGUCUACAACGAGAAGUGCAUCUCGCCUGGCGGCCCUGUGGGCUGUUGGGGUAGUACUGGUUGCCAGUACUACACUCCGCCGACCCCUGCGCUGAUGCAGGAGCCCACCGACGUUCCGGCGUGCAGGGCGCUGACUGCGGGCGACCAGUGCCCCAGCUCCGUGGAGGGUAUCAACACGGCCCUGACGUGCCAGUACAACGCGGCGUGCACUGUGCCUGGUGGACCCGUGGGCUGCUUCGGCGCCACCGGUUGCAGUACUACGACGUCGACCCUUGCAAGGCCCUGGGUUCGUAUCCUGCCGCGUGCCCCGCCGCCGUGGAGGGCAUCAACACAGCGCUGCACUGCGUCUACAACGAGUAGUGCAUCUCGCCUGGCGGCCCUGUGGGCUGUUGGGGUAGUACUGGUUGCCAGUACUACACGCCGCCGACCCCUGCGCUGAUGCAGGAGCCCACCGACGUUCCGGCGUGCAGGGCGCUGACUGCGGGCGACCAGUGCCCCAGCUCCGUGGAGGGUAUCAACACGGCCCUGACGUGCCAGUACAACGCGGCGUGCACUGUGCCUGGUGGACCCGUGGGCUGCUUCGGCGCCACCGGUUUACUACUCACCUUCACCUUGACAGCGUCAGGGUACUUGUUGUAAUAUCUGGCGGAUUACUUCUCUCAAGAGUCACCAGCUUUCUUCUUGCAAUGUCAACGAAGGCAAAGAUGCUUUGUCUCGAACCGUGUGUGUUCCUCCCCGCCCGACCAUUCCUUCACAUUGCCAACUGUACUCCCGCCUUUUACAUCAUCUUGCACGCUCUGACGAGAGAAAUGGGGCCACUGAUCGCAACACCCAUGCCUUCUAGAAUUUGGCGUACCUGUCGAAGUGCCAAACGAGGGCAUAGUUUUGACAUAUUAUAUGUGUACCUUUUCGGCACGCACUGCCGUGCAAAGACCUGCAGCUGACAGCCAGUUAGCUGACUGGCAGCUCCAGGAUAGUCUUUUAUCCUGCCAGCUGACACGGCCUCUGUGGGCA